UCGGGUGUGACUGUCUGUAACCGAACCGAGCCUCCUGCUGCAGUUUAACCCGGGUUAACACUUUAUUUAUCCCGAGUAGUUUAUGGACAGCAUGUCGCACACCGUCAUCACCACCUCGACCACCGGCAGGACGUCCGGGGACGGGAUGCUGAACCUGGGCUACACCCGGACCAUCCCGGGGCUCCUGAAGAUAGGGCAGAUGGUGGCGCUGCUCGUGGCCUUCCUUUGUGUUCGCUGUGCGCGGGGCUGGCCCAGCUGGGCGGCCUUCCAGUUCUUCGAGGUGGUGUCGCUGUGGUUCUUCAUCGCCUUCCUCCUCUUCUUCCUCAUGCACCUGUUCCGGCUGCAGGCCAAGAUGCCCUGCUUCAACUGGCCUCUGACGGAGUUCUUCCACUACUCGGUGGGGGUCAUCCUCGUGUGCAUCGCCUCCAUCGUGGCGGCAGUGAAGGCGGGGGGGGUUUCUGCGCUGGUGGUGUCAUCGGUGUUUGGCUUCAUCGCCACGUUCCUGAUGGCGGUCAGUUUGUGGACGACCUACAGCGUGAGCUGCGGCCCUCACCAGACCGGUGCAGUAGUGUAAGCAGCGUUUCAUCAUGAAGGAACCAGACGGCUGUGUUUGCAGUUUGCUGUGUCCCGGUCCAUCUUCUGCCUAGCAACCACCCGGAUCAUUCACCUGAUUGGAUCAGAAUCAUUCCUGCUGAUGUAAUGGAACAGCUGAUCCAGGACCAGCUGUCGUUUUCUACAAGCUGAAGCGUAAAUAUCCCGAUCAUCCCGGUAGAACCCCCGACAGGACGGCAGUCUCAGUGUUCCUCAGAAACCCAGUAUACAUUUUGAUUCCCUCUCUGACUUCAAAAGUCACAUUUACAUGUUAAAGGUGCUCAGUAAUCAUCAGUGUAUUAAUAGAAUCAGUAUCAACAAAUGACACCGCAGUGCACCUUGUAUCGUCCUCACAACUACAUUUCCCAUCAUGCCUGCUGCUUCCCGCCCUAAAUUUCAAAUGUGUUUGAUUCUAAUAGUCUAAUAGGACAGUGCCGUCUUCCUGUUGUGUGCCAUAAAACAACCGUUUCCCGCCAAAAUACAAAUCCAGCCGAUUUCCCGCCAAAAUCUCACAAGUCGUAGUUCAGCCUCCGUCACGCGUCGCCAUUUUGUUGCACUUUUUCUGUGGUUUACUUUAAAUAGCUUGAAUUUCUCGAUUCAAAUAAUUCAAUUUUACUUUUAUUCUUCAGUAAAAAAACAACACUCUGGACCACGGAUGUAUUAAAGUCUUUUUUAAACUCACUUUUCUUAAAUGCUCAACACUCAAAUGGUGCACAGUAUAGCCCUGUUAGCCCGCUAUGCUAAUGUUUGCUAGCACACUUUGGAUGCUCGUUCUUCUGUGCUAACAAUCAUUAACAAGCUAACAUUUUACAGAAAAAUAACCUGCAUGCUAAUGACUUUGUUAGCAUGUUAAAACAUUACUCAGGGGCUAAUACUUAGGUGUGCUAAAGAAAAACAUACAAUAGCAUGCUAAAAAACUAAUUCUGUGAAUUGAAAGAAAAGGAAACAUUAGCAUGAAACAACACGGAAAAGUGCUUCACUUGCAAUUAAAAGAAAAGUCUGGUGAUGAUUGAUAUUUCUGUUAUAGUCAACAAAUCCCAUGUGCAGAACCAAACCAACAAUGAUUUAGAAAACAACAACAACAAUUAUCUUGCCUUCAUUUAGCGACAAAUAAAGAUUGCUGCUGAAAAUGGUAACAAACAAAUGCAGAUUUCCCACUUUUUUAGGAUUUAUUUUAAGAUUUAAGAGGAAACUAUCUCACACCAACACACACACACACACACACUCACACACACACACACACACACACUCAGACACACACACACAC